AUGACAAUGUGGAAAAGGUGUCCCUUUCUCCAGGUGGACACGGUCCUGUGCCAGGUGACAAGUGGGGCCCAGCCUGGGUUUCAACUCCCGGGUCCCCUCAGCCAUGGAGCCUUGGCUAUGAACAACUCCCUGCCCUUAUGUCUAACUUUGAAUUUAUUUCCUUUUAUCAAAAGAUCUGAGGCUUUCCCUGCCUGCUCCCACCUGAGAGCUGGUGUGAUCCCUGAGACAAGCCUGGGAGAUGGGGAAAGAAUCAUUCUUAUUUUAAGAAUGGGGAUACUGAGGCCCAAAGGUGUGAAGCAGCUUGCUAAGGGCUCUAAGCUGGCCUGGGAUCCAGGUCUCCUGACAACCAACAGAGUUUCCUCCCACCUUCCAGCUGAACAGAUUUUCUGA